GGGUAAGUGUACCAAUUAUGGCUAUAGUACCAAUUAUUCGCCAUAGUUGAUUUUCACUCUUUAACGAUGUAAAUCAACAAGAAAAAUGUUGUGAACAACAGAUCACGUUCAUAAAAGAUGGUCGCACUCAUUCAAACUCCACAUUUUGCUCAAAUCAUGGAAAAGAUAAAUCAUUUUCCCUAAAAAUUCGGCUUCCUUGCACCCUUUUUCGCCAUAGUGUACCAGUUAUGGUUAACCCCAUAAGGAAUGCAUGCAAAUAGUGCGAAAAGGAACCGAUGUUAAAAAAUGCAACCAUAACUGGUACAGGGUUCCUAUCAUUGGCACACGCUGUAAUAAAUAUUUAAAGUAGUUUUGGCUCCGUUUCUAUAUUUUUCCUGUAAAGUAUGGAAACGAUGCUGUCUUUUAACAUAUUGAUGACAUUCGUUGAUCUUAACGUUAUUUUUGUUCAAAUAGCUUUCCUUAGGUAGUGCCAUAAUUGGUACACGCACCCUAUAUCGAUUAUUCUUCAAAUUAGGUGAAAAAUACUUAAUUUUGGUUGAAAAUUCUCAGUGUUUUCAGCUUGGUCACGACGCUGCCAUUAUAGUUUUUGUUUUCAAACCAAGUGGAUCGCGAGUGUUUGCGCGGCGUUUUUCGGCAAUAAAUAUAAAAAAAAACAACUUGGGAACCGGUUCGUAUUUGAUCGGUCCGGCGUUUCGGUUAUAAUUCUUCGGGAGUCGAUUCCGAUCUGGGACUAGCUAGGAGAACAGGACAGGAAUCGCCAAGUCGCCGGUGUUUUCGGAGCUUCCAUGAGCUACCGACGAGCAACCUCAGCCUGUCUCCGCUGAAUUCGAUUCUCCGUCAGCAACAACAAUCCGCUGAAGUACGGAUCCUUCGUCACCGUCACCGCCACGAAGCAAACAGGCCCAGCUUUGUUGUCUCCGGUGUUAUCGGGGUGUAUGUAACCUUGACAAAAGCCAAUAUCAUCACGUCCAAUAGCGCUGGUCAUUCAGAUUCGUCACGGCUUCCAUCUACACCAAGCAACCCCAGGCUGGUCUCGGCGUGACUCAUCAAACAUAUCUUAUUUAGCAGGUAAGUCAAAUCCCUCUAAGGCUAAUUCAGGUCACAACUGAUUUUUUAUCCGUUAAUCUGCCAGCAGCAACAACCAACGGCCAAAUCUGCCUCGGCUCUUCCGUCCUCGUCACUACUGAUUGAGCAGACGACACAUUGUACUCUCCGGCGUGUCCUUGGCAUCCAGCUGCUGUUGCUUCCGAAUAAAAAGUCGUCCGCUCAGCCCUUUCCGGCAUUGAGGGCCUCCAUCAGCUGCCGGCGAGUAGCCUCAUCCUGUAUCCACCGAAUUAUACGAACCUCCAUCAGGAACCAUCAACGCUGAUCAAGCGAAGCGAGCAGGUCCGGCUUUGAGGGGCCCGGUACCAUCGGGGUCAGCCACUGCAGACAACCUCAACAGUAGUCAAUAUCAGCCGGCAAAAGAAUCAUCUCCACCAUCGUGCUUCCGAAAAAAAGUCAUCCGCUUAGCCCGGUUAUUAUCGGUCACUACAAGCAGCCGUAGAGUGGUACCAGCCUGACUCUGCAGGGUCUUCCCCUGUUUUACAUUACCAGCUUCAGCUACACUGCGUGUCGAUAUUUGCGACCGGUGCACAUCUGCUAGUGAUUUUCCAAUACCGGACUGAAAGUAUCACCAUACAAAAUGGAUCGACUUAAAAAAAAAUUGGAUGGUGGAACCUACGCAAAACUCACAGACAACCUCGUCAAUGAUAUCUCGUUGUGGGAUUUAAGCGCAGAAGACCUCACGAUGAUGGAUAUAACAGAAGUUGGCCCACGCCGGGUCAUCCUUAAUUUUAUUGAUCGUAACCGUGAGUUUGCUGAAAGCCAGGACGAGAAUGUUGCGAAUAACGAUCAAAACGAGUCUCUGCACGAGUUAAGAGCGGAAUCAGUUCGAUCUGUUCUUGAAAAAAAUGGAAAAUUCCUGAAGACUCUGACGAAAGAGCUGGGCUGUGGAUCGGUUCCUAACUCUAAGAAGCUGCUUCAGAUGAACCGCAUACUAACCGAUCAUUUCUUUGGUGAUAUGAUAUUUCACAGAAAGAGGUAUCCCUCGCGCCAGGAAAAGCAGCAGCUGGCUGUACGAAUCCUGGAAGAAUUUCCCCAUUUGAAAAGCACUCGUGUUUCGGAAAAUGCACCGGCUGAGUCAUACUUCUUUUGGAUUCACGGCGGAUUGGUCACCGGCUGUCACACAGGACUGAUCGAAACAAGGGUAGCAAAUAUGCGUAAAGACGUACCACCCGAGGACCGCAAGUUUCGACGCGGGAAGAAAAAGCACAUAGUCGUUACUGAUGACCACAUCAAUAUUGCCGCCCAUAUUUCUGCUCUGAGUCCAACUCCUACAAAUGCUAAGGCAAUCGCUGAUGGCAUGGCUCAAGUCCACGAUUUGCAUGAGUCAAUGCUGCAAAAAAAGGCUGAAAGCAAAUUCCAUAACAUCAUCAAGACGUUGCCACACUUUCUCUCUUAUGAGGGUGAAAUGAUCCUUCAGGCCUACAAUCGGCUCAACGAGGAACCAGCGGAUGGACCUUCUUUAAACACGGUGCUUCGCAUGGGGUUAUUGUGCGACAAGACUAGCUGUUCCGAGGUCGAAGAUGAUGUUAUCAGAGGAGCAUUGAGGCUUCUGAAGGUGUUGUCGAACAAGGGCGUGAAACGAUCUUCGUCUUUACAAAAUGCUACCCUCGGAGAACUGGCUGCAGAACCCCUAAUUAGGUGGAUCACCUUUACUGAGACGCAACCAGGAUUCGACGAGCUGCUGGCGGUUAAGCAAUCGCAAACAGUAUCUGAAGAACCGCAUAUGAUCUGCGUUGCCGAACGCUUCAAGAAGGGAAAUUACUAUUUCGUUAUUGACAGAACUGUUGUGCCCUGCGGAAACUCGUCCGUUAGAGCAGUUGAAAUCUUUUUCAAAUCAUUUCAUGUCUUCGGAGUGAAAGUACCAGUUUUGUUGCGAAAACUUGAUUCAAUCAUCGCAACAAAUGUAUGGCGAACCGCAAACAGCAGCAAAUACAAAGCUGUUACAGAUUUGACCCAGCGGUUUGAGGAAUUUCUCAAUAAUCCAGAAACUUGAAUUUAAACAUGAGGGACAUUUUCAUUGUUAUAAUGAAUUUUUUGUUUUGUUACUAUUUUCAACUGACUGAUCAAAACUUAUGUUGUUAAUGCAUUUGUACUCAAUGGUAUUGAAACUGUAAAAUAAACAUAAAAACAAAAACAUUAAUCCGUCUACCUAGUAUGAGCCUCUGUACGAAUUUGCCCUGGCCUGCUCACUCCCACAGAAAAUAUUAAAACACCGCACACAGUAAAAGUCACAUUUGACUUUUACUGUGCGAACUGUUUUCAAAUUUUCUGUGGGAGUGAGCAGUACGCCAGAUUUGUGCAGUGGCUCAUGUAAGAUAUUUCAAAUUACAGUAAAACGGUAAAACCUCCAUAAGUCGAUAUUGAAGGGACCAUCGACUCAAGGAAGUGGAGUAGUGGAGCAAAAAUCCUUUGGGAAGCUUUUUGGGGGGACCAUCAUAGUAACCCAGAUUUUUUUUUUUCAGUAUGGAAAAAUUUACCUCCAUGAGUCGAUAUCGAGUCAAGGAACAUCGACUCAUGGAGGUUCGACUGUAUGCCUUUUAUUUUCAAUAAGGAAACCUGUAUGAAACUGUGAUGGCUAUAGCUAAUAAUGCUGUUGAUUGAUUUACGAAGUCGUUUGCCUUAGAAAUGGAUGUACACAAAAUUAGGUCAAUUUGUAGAAAAUUAUAUGAGUUAUAGUGAAAAAGUGCCACCAAAAAUAAAUGCUGCCCAACUGGUCGUAUACCAGUUGAGCCAUUUUUUUUUCAUUAAAGAUUCAAUGCCAACUCAAAAUUCCCGAGAAGAGGGGCUACACAACUUUCUAAUCUACAAUAAACACCGUAUCCCACUUCCAAAACCUGCUCGAGUUUUAUAAAGCUCUUCCGAAUUCACUCUUUGUGAAGCUUGUUAAACUACACGCAACACUUUACUAAACGAUAAAUCAUUUAUUUCAUUAGAUUUUGACAUCGGAGACUAUUGGCAAUUUACUCAAAAUUAGGUAAACCCACUUAUACCCAAAAUUGGCUUAUUGGGCCGUAGUGCGGUGCUGGGUAAAAACAACCCAAAAUUGAGUAAAAUCGGUUUUCCGUGUAGGCACCGAGGAAACAUGGCUAGCGCUCUAAUCGCUGCAAUAAUAAUAACUCAUGAGUGAGAUUUAAGCUUGCAUUUAACAAAACUCGUCAUACCUAGGGUCUCAAGUUAGCCUAGUGGUUAAGGCUAUGGAUCGCCAAUUCGGAGACGGCGGGUUCGAUUCCCGUUCCUGUCGAGAAAAUUUUCUCGACUUCCUGGGCAUAGUGUAUCACUGUACUUGCCACAAAAUGUACAAAUUAAUGCAAUGACAGGCAAGGAAAGCCCUUCAUUUAAUAACUG